AUGGCUUGGGGCAGUCAGCAAGAGCCCCAGUCUCCUUCGCAGGAGUUGUUGGACAAGCCUGUAGUCCGUGAGAAGCUCCCCGCAAAACUGCAGCAGCUGGUUGAUCGUGAUGAAGACUUCUACGGCGAUCUGUAUUCCCAAUACUCCGUCAACUCUACGGAUACACCAUACCGAUAUGCUGCGUAUGCCAAUCGUAUCCGCACCAUUCUGGUCUCCGCCCACCGUUAUGUCGCCUACACUUCAGACAUCGGCGAGUCCUUCCGUCCCAUCGCUCAUCCAUGGCUAGUACGAUCGGCCUAUGGUAUCUCAUGGACCUAUCUCUUAGGCGACGUCGGUCAUGAAGGAUACAAGGCAUAUUUGCGCAACCGGAGAGCCCUGACGCCCGCCGGCGAGUCCUACAAGGAUGCUAGCGAGAUCUCACAAGACCAGAUCAUCAAGGGCAUGGCGACAGGCAACAUGGCAAUUGGAAAUCAAAAUUCCGAAUCCAAAGACGCGCCAUCAAAUUGGCCCACUUUGGAAAUCCCACUUGCGGAAGAUUAUCGUAUGGUUAUGGCUAAGCGCGCGGUGUUCCAGAGCAUCGCGAGUAUGGGAUUACCCGCCUUCACCAUCCAUAGUGUGGUCAGAUACUCGGGGCGUAUGGUGAAGAAUGCCAAGGUGGCAUUUAUUCGUACCUGGACACCUAUUGGACUUGGUCUCGCCGUUGUUCCGUUCCUCCCAUACAUCUUCGAUCACCCUGUCGACGAAGCAGUCGAAUGGGCCUUCCGUACUGGCCUCCGUGCGUACGGCGGCGAAGCUGCUGUUCGCCCACUGCCCGGUCGGAGUCUCCCACCGAGAGAGGAAGAAGAGAGCCGCGCAGUAGCGGCGGCAAAUAUCUCAUGGGACGAGUAUAAGGCUGAGCGGGAACGAUCCCGUGAGCUUCGUCGCCAGACCGAGAAAAGCAGCAGUGGUAGAAUCGCGUCACUUACCAGCUGGUUCGGGCGGUCUGAAACAGAUUCGGAGAAAAAGAAGGAGUAA